GUGGCAAGCAUUUUCAGACGCCUAUGCAUGCCAAUGAGGCAGAGAUAUCCUCUCCGGUAGCCCCUUUGGGCCUGAUUAGUUGUCAAGGAAGCAAUUUUGGGCGACGGGAGUGAAUAACCAAUACACCGCGGUAUUCGUCCCCGAGAUUGUGUCCCCAAACAUUCCUCCAAAACCCCUCAACCCUGAUCAGGUGUGAGACGCCGUCACGACGAAGACAUGAUCUACACGAUCUCAACGCUGUCACUUUUCUCGAUCUUUGUGUACGCGCAAGAUGCCUAUUUGGCUGCGCAGAAAAGCCAGGCGACGACAUUCGUCAGCUCCGAUGGCGUCGAGGUAUUUACCAAGCCUGUGUAUGUUUCGGAUAGCGAGUUGCACUGGCUUAGCGUGGACGACUAUUCUACGGUCUGGUAUUGCACACAGUAUGGAGAUAGCGAGGGAUCGAUGCGCUGGUAUUCGCCCACGAUCUUCAUGGGUCCAACCCUAAAUGAUUCGAAUCCAACGAUAGCCUACUCGUCUUCGAGCAUUGAAUUUGGAUGUGGAGUAGGAUUACCAAUGACCGACGGCAUCUUCGAUCAUAUCCAUUCCGAGGCCGGCGAGUGUCUUGCUGUAUCGCUCUACUCUUGUGCUGCCGAAGAUGAUGAUGAUGAUGAUGAUGAUGCACCUGAAGGCUGUCAAGGUCACUCAACGCAGGAUAUCGGUUUCAUGCCAUCAUCAUCCAGUGAGGCACAGCAUUUCUUCGAGAAUCAGAACGAUUGCGUGGAUCGUUGUCAUCCUUACACUCGGCACGAGGGCGUUGGCUGUCCAUUCUGUCCGGGCCCAGAGUGUCAGAGAUGUCCUGGUUGUUCUUCCCCUUAUGACAACGCCUAGGCUGGUACCGCAUCAGCAGUCGCGCGAUCCGUGUUCAGGGACUUUGAAUCAGUCAACAGGAAGAAUAAUCCUCUCAAUUCCUCGAUCUUCCAUUUUGCCAUCC